UCCAGAGAGAGAAAGUGCGCAUGUUUCGCUUUCGUUCUCAAGUUUACUUCUCUUUCUCUCUCUCUCUCUCUCUCUAGUCUUUCGGCGGGAGAGAAGGAAGUAGAUGAGUAGAAGAAACUUUUUUCUCUGCUUCUACGAAACUGUUUACUUCUUCUUCUACUUCUAAGAUCUCUCAUCUCCUCUCCUCAACACCAACGACUGGAAAUUCAAUCUCCAUCUCCAUGAGAAAGUGACCCAAAUGGAUCAACUGGAUUCGGUUUCAGUUUCAGGACCAUCUAAAAUUCCAAGACCUGAAAGUUCUAAAAAAAUGGUGUUUAAUGCCUGGGGAGGAGGAGGGAUCACACAGGGAGAAGGAGGAGGAGGAGAUAUAUUUAAUGCAUCAAGUGAUGUGAGCCUCUUUUCCACAUCCUUGCCCCUUCUUCCUUAUGAGAAAGUGAAUACCAAUGGUGUUUCCACGGAUGAUUCUUCUUCUCAAAGCUUUGACACAGUGCAUGAUCAAGAAUAUAAGGGAAAGCUUCUAUUUGAAGAUAUUGAGAGUGCCAUAGGAAGCUUGCUUCCUGGAGAUGAAAACGAGCUUUUAGCUGGCAUAAUGGAUGAUUUUGACCUUACUGAUUUACCCACCCGUUUAGAGGAAUUGGAAGAUGAUCUUUUCGACAGUGGUGGUGGGAUGGAAUUAGACUUUGAGACCCAAGAUAGAUUAGUAGGUGGUUUAUCAAGACUAAUCUUGUCUGAUGGAAACCCUAACAACAACAACAACAACAACGGGACAGGCCAUUUUGGUGUCCCGAGCAGUAUGUGUACAAUAGCCGGAGAACAUCCAUUCGGAGAACAUCCUUCGAGGACAUUAUUUGUUAGGAAUAUCAACAGUAAUGUUGAAGAUUCUGAACUGCAGUCAAUAUUUGAACAAUAUGGAGAUAUCAGAACUUUGUACACUGCAUGCAAACAUAGAGGCUUUGUGAUGAUAUCUUACUAUGACAUCCGAGAUGCUCGAAAUGCGAUGCGUGGAUUACAAAACAAGCCCCUCAGACGUAGGAAAUUGGAUAUUCAUUUCUCUAUUCCGAAGGAUAACCCAUCAGAAAAGGAUAUAAAUCAAGGAACCCUUGUUGCAUUCAAUCUGGAUGCUUCAGUAUCCAAUGAUGAUCUCUUGCAAAUCUUUGGUGCUUAUGGAGAGGUCAAAGAGAUUAGGGAAACACCACACAAACGACAUCACAAAUUCAUAGAGUUUUAUGAUGUUAGAGCAGCGGAGGCAGCUCUAAAAGCCCUUAACAGGAGUGACAUAGCUGGGAAACGCAUAAAGCUCGAACCAAGCAGGCCUGGUGGGACCCGCAGGAGCUUGAUACAUCAACUGAGUCAGGAUAUGGAACACGAUGAUGUCAGAUUUAGGCAGCAGGUAGGCUCUCCAUUAACCGUUUCCCCACCAGGUAACUGGUCACAUUUCGGUAGUCCGGUUGAUCACAAUCCUCUGCAAGGCCUAAAUCAAUCGCCAAAUUUUGGGCCUUUGAGCCCAAUGCAGAGCAAUCAUUUAUCCGGAUUGGCUACCAUCCUAUCGACUCAAAAGGUUGCUCCAAUUGGUAAUAAGGAUCAAGGACAGUUUUGCCAUGCUAACCAGGUAAUUGGCAAUUCAAGAUUAGAUCCACAGCUUUCUCUUGGUGAAUCAAAUUCAGGCAUUGGAAUGUUGUCUGGUCCUCAAUUUCUUUGGGGCACUCCCUCUCAAUAUUCAUCAGACUGCUCCAAUUCUUCUUCUGCAUGGGAAACAUCAUCCAUGAUGACAAGGCAUCAGCCGUUUACAUCUAGUGGACAAGGACAAGUUUACUCGCAGAAUAAUCUACACGGAAUUUUAUCGGGUUUGCCACACCAGCAUCACUAUGUUGGAUCUGCCCCACACUUGGGGUACUUUCCAGAAUCCCCUGAAGUCUCCUCCGUGAAUCGAUCUUCAUUUAGUGGCUUAGGCAUAAAUCAGAAAAAUAGGCAUUACAUGUUAAAUCACGGUUUUGCACAUCAUCAAAACAUCAAUGGAAGUGGUUCAUCCAGUUCCAAAAUUAUGUCAUUUCCAAGUAACGGGCCUUUAUUCUAUGGUAAUGGUCCAUUUCAAGGAAUUGGAUCAACAAAUAAUGAUGGAUUGCUUGAUUUUGGUGGAAGCCGGAGGAUGGAACAUAAUGUCAACCAAAUGGACAUUAAAAAGCAAUAUCAGCUUGAUUUGGAUAAGAUCAAGAAUGGCGAAGACACUAGAACUACUUUGAUGAUUAAAAACAUUCCGAAUAAGUACACCUCAAAGAUGUUGCUUGCAGCCAUUGAUGAACAGCAUAGCAGUACUUAUGAUUUUCUCUAUUUACCCAUUGAUUUCAAGAACAAAUGCAACGUGGGUUAUGCUUUUAUCAACAUUAUCUCUCCUGCACAUAUCAUUGCCUUCUGUGAGGCAUUUAAUGGAAAGAAAUGGGAAAAGUUCAAUAGCGAAAAAGUUGCUUCUUUGGCUUAUGCAAGGAUUCAAGGGAAGGCAGCUCUUGUUUCACACUUCCAGAAUUCAAGUCUGAUGAAUGAAGACAAGUGGUGUCGCCCUAUUCUUUUUCAGUCUGAAGGUCAAGUUACCGAUCAGGAACCGCCCUUCAACAGCAACCUCAACAUCUUUAUUCGUCAACCUGACGGCUCUUACUCGGGUGAUUCACUUGAAGGCCCUAAAAGCAACAUAAUAGCUGAAGAACCAAUCAUAAGAAGAAUCUAAGUGGGCUUUAUUCUCAUGGACCUAGUUCUGUGGCCUUUGAUUUCUAACAAGUGUACAAAUAUCCAAGGUACAUAAACCUAGAAGAGAACCGGUUGAAGUAAUCAUAUCUAUCGGUUGUAUGUAUGUUUUCUUGUUGUACUCGUCUGCAAAUGUGAAUAUGUAUUAUAUUAUUCAAGGGGGGCUCAAAUUACAGAUCUGGGACUGUUUCCCUAAUAAGUGUAUAGAUUGGGAGAAAAACACAGAAUCCUAGCUUCUAUUGUAUACCAUCUGUAACAUCAUGUGUGUAAAUAAACUUGUUACCAAGUGUUAAUUUACUUCAACAUUGUACAGUUA